AUGCUCGUUGACAUCGGACGAGGUGGUGCCUACUUGGAGUCAAACCGCCACGUUCAUCGCGAUCUUGCUGCAAGGAACUGUUUGAUCAGCUCCAGAGCGCCACAUCCACAUCGGGUCACGAAGAUAGGUGCGCUGCAUUUCCCACCCGAACAAAACGAGAAUGACUCGGAUGAAGAUUGUUUCUAUUAUUCUGAUGUUACCACUUCUACAACGGUUUUAGCGGAUUUUGGUCUGGCACGAGGUGUUUACAACAGUGAUUACUACAAGGUCCACGGCGAAGAUUUUUUACCGCUGAGGAAGUUUAACCUCACCUAUUUAAACCAAAAACGUAUCUUCUAUGUAUGUGAAUACCUUCGUACUAAUCAAAAAAAAAACUCCGAUGAUUGUUUCUGUAAUUCUGAUGUUACCACUUCUAUAACGGUUUUAGCGGAUUUUGGUCUGGCACGAGGUGUUUACAACAGUGAUUACUACAAGGUCCACGGCGAAGAUUUCUUACCGCUGAGAUGGCUGGCUCCCGAAUGCAUUCUACAAGGUGUUUUUUCAUCUAAAAGUGACGUAUGGGCGUUUGGAGUACUGAUGUAUGAAAUAGUUGGAAUGGGGCAGAAACCUUACCAUAACAUGGAUAAUAAUCAGGUAUGGCAAAACUUUCUCCGUCACUGA